UAUUUUCGGCAUAUUGAUGCGUUUUAAUGAGGUACAUAACCGCAGUGAAAAGAAAAAAACAUGUAAACAAAAUGUACUCCUUGUAGUAUCGACUGAAUAACUGAGAGCAGAAUAUUCUAAAAGGAAAUAUUUUGGCGCGCACAGGUCUCCGCAAAGCGUUUUCGUUUCGCAUCACUUGUAGACUCGUCAUCGUGGUAGUACUUUCGCCACGGCCUAAAAUAACCACAGAACAACGACAGGCAAAGAAGUGUGUAUACUAAAGCUGAAAGGGGUUGUACAAACACUAGACAUCGUGAAGAUUGUUGGCCAUGAGCGAUGACAUUACACCCGGCAGUGUGUUCUGUACUGUGUUUGCCAAUUACAAAUUGUCGUUGCAUUAGUCAAAGUUGCGCUACAGCAGCUGCUGCAUACGCAUUAAUGUUUUGUCUUGCCAGCAACCAAGCGGACAUUCGCAAAAUUUCGUUACAAUAGAAUUUAAUUUAAUUGAAGUCAAGUGCCAUAAUUAAUGAGUUAUUUCAAAAUCAAAACAAAACGAAAACGUCGGCGUAGACAAUGGCAAAUGAGCCCAAAGCCCAACGGCAGACAUUCGCGGCGGAUAUAGCAAACCAAGCCACAUAAGUUUGCCACACGUUAACGCAUUUAGACGUUCUCAACCAUACGCAAAGUAUGUAGCAAAUUUCAAUUUAAGGAAAGCAAACAGAAAUAUUUAUUUGUGCAAGCAAAGUGCUUUUAAAAUAUACUCAAUCCGUUUGGAGUGAUUUUCUACGUGGAAUAAUUCAUACAAUCAUUGUAAAAAACUAUGUUAUUUACGCGCAUUAAUAUUAUAAAAAUUGCGAUUUAUGUGUAAACAAAUUUGUUAAUAUAUGGAACCUAGUUGUUAUAUAAUAUUUUCAUCCGCACUGGCUACAUUCCUGCUGCUAAAUUUAUAUAACGAAAUAUAGAUGAAACGUGAGUGCUAAUGGUAGAAUUUGAAAAAAUUUAGAAAAUUAAUACAGCAUACAUCGAAAUAAAGUGUUAUAUACUUGGAAUUAGCAAAUUAAAUAUAAGCGAUAAUUUUAAAUAACUGCCAUUUAAAACCAAACCACUGAUAAACACGUGAUAGGGAAAUUUGGCCAACCCAAAACAUAAUUGAACUAUUAACUAAUAUAAAAGUAAUCGUCAGACUUAAUGCCACGUGUAUUUUUUACUGUGAACCCAUGCAUGUUUAUUAUAAAACUAAUUAAUACAGCAAUAAGAACAACUGUUACAGGCCUACAUCGCCAAAUUUAAAUUUGAAUUAAAAAUAAAUUAUUUGAAACGUUUAACACUUCACCUUCAUGUACGACAGCCAAGGAAAAACCGAGGCGAACAAACAUAAGUGCGGGAAAAUGUGCGAAAAUUUUAAGGGCCAUAAUUAAAAAUGAAAAUUGUGAUACAAUCUCGUUGUUGCUGUUGCUAUUAGCCAUACGUUGAUGAGUUUGUCAACAACAAAGAGCGACGUUACACCACAAACGAGUGCAGCUGCCGGCAAAUAUUGCAUGUAAUGACGCUGUCUGUGAUGACGGCGCACAGAAUAUAUCAACAAAAAUUACAAAAAUAAAGUCGCAAUUUCGUAGCGAAACGCCAAUGACAACACAAAGCAUUCAGCAGUCAUUUGUAAUUUGUUGGUUAAAAAAAAAAAUAAAUAAAAAUUUUUGCCGCCUGGUUUACAUACACAAAUAGUAUUUAUGCAUAGACUUCUUUCAGCUAAAAUUGGUUACCGAGAGUAAAAUACAAUUUGUUGAUAGGUGAGUGACUGCAUCAUGCUAAUAGAUGAAUGAAAAUGAUCAUCAUCAACAACGCAACUGAAUAAUGUUUAAUUGCAUUUCAUUUCCUUAAAUAUAGUUAAAAAGUAAUUUUACAAAUUUCACAGUAAUAUAGCAUAAUUAGCGUGGCAAUGGCUGCAAACAAACGCACUGUUGGCAUAAUUGUUGCACUGGUCAUACUCGUGUGCGUAGUAGCUGGCGCCAAUUUGUAUUUUAUGUAUUAUCUAAACGUUGAUGAAGCUCCACAUGUAAGCAGCACGCGUGCAUUGGAGAAUAUGAUACGCCAGAAAAUUCGUGAACUUCAUCCUGUGUAUUUAAAUCGUAAUCCUCGACUGUUUAUGUACCGUAAUAAGUUGUUGAAAAACUAUAAACCUGCGCCGUAUGAAAAUGCAACCGUCCUCUGGGAUAUUGCCAACUGGUGGCCACAAGAAAAUGAAAUCUAUCCAAUUUACGACACCUCCAUGGCGCAACUUCUGCAAACAUUGCGCUUAGAACCGAUAACUAAAGUCACAAAUUUGGCAAAAGGUACACAACUAAAAUUGCUCGUUCGUUUGGCCAAUAAACAAAAAGUGAUCUUCAAACCGCAAUGGUAUGAGCGUGAUGCAGUAAUCGAAGGUGCCGUUUACGCAGGCAAAGAUCGUCACACUGCGGAAGUAUACGCAUUUUUUUUGGGUGCUGUACUCGACUUCAGGUGGACGCCUAUAGUGGUAGGACGUGUCGUCAACUUGAAGACAGAUAUUUAUGACAAAGGUGAUAGCGAGCUGAAGAAUUCCAUGACAAUCACAGAAACGGAAAAUGGUACCGAACAAUAUUGUCUCUUCGGCAAAUGUCAUUAUUGUAACGAAGAGGAGACUGUAUGUGGUGAUGAGCGGAAUAACAUAGAGGGUGUUCUCAUAUAUAUUGUGCCGGGCUCUUUGGCAAAACGCCGAUCACCUUGGCAACGUACAUACAAAGAGGAUAAACGUGCACCCUGGGAGGAUGAUAUGAACUAUUGCAAGCCACUUAAAGAUAAAAUGGAAACAAUGCGUUUAUUGGACCUCAUUGAUGCUGCAAUUUUUGAUUAUCUCAUACAAAAUGGUGAUCGACACCACUAUGAGACACGUGAAGAGCGCUUAGUGCUCAUAGACAACGGUAAAGCAUUUGGAAAUCCAAACAAGGAUCAUCUAGACAUAUUGGCGCCACUAUAUCAGUGUUGUCUCAUUCGAAAAACAACCUGGGACCGGCUACAGGUAUUUUCGGGUGGUGUUCUCACCGAGCUCAUUGAUCGUCUUUCCAAACACGACGCGCUUUUUCCCUUGAUAACAGAUAAGCAUAAAAGAGGCGUAGAACGUAGGCUACUGGUUGUCUAUGCAGUUGUCGAAUAUUGUAUGGACAGGGAAGGUGAUAAAAUGUUUAAGCAGUUAUAACCGUAUGCAGCUAAUUGCCAAUUUUAAAUAAGUUGUUUGUAUGUAAAUGUUUAUUCAAAACCCUAUAUUUUAUUACCUAGUAGUAUGUAGUUUAGUAAUGUACAUAUUUAAAUUUAAGUGGGUAUAAAAUUUCAGCAAAAGUAUUUUCACACUGCUCUCUUGGGUAAUUUUGUAAAAUAUAUAACAUAUACACAUACAUGUAAUUUACGUACAUAUGUAAGCUUGUUGAAGUUUGUUGAAGAUAAUGUAAUUUAUUAAAUUAAAUUUAAAAAGAAAUCAAUUUCAUGUUACUUUACGUCCAAGACUUCUAAUGUAGUUGAUCAAGCAAGUUGAUAUAUAGUCCUAAUAAAGUCAUGUUACUAUUUUUUACCUUUAACA